AUGGGCAUCCCCAUGGACGACGACAUCCACGCUCCCACUGUCGCCUCCGGACCCACGUCCGGGGGUGCUGCCCCGCGCGACCUGUCGAAGCUGUCGAUGACCGAGCUGAUGACGGAGAAGGACCGCAUCGAAGCAGAACUGUCGGCGCUCAGCAGCGUGCUCGGCUCGCAUGGAGUCAACAUGAACUCCUCUCUGACGACCUUUGAUGGAUACCCCCGCGAUGACAUCGACAUCGCUCAAGUUCGAACGACGCGUGUGCGUAUUAUCCACCUACGAAAUGACCACAAGGAGGUCAUGACCCAUCUUGAAAAGGGCCUCCAUGCCCACUUCGCCAGUAUGCAGAAUGCGCAGACCUCCACAUCCACUCCAAAUGGCACGAGGGUGCCCUCUACAACACAACCCCCGUCGGAUACCAGCGUGGCGCAAGCGGGAACACCGUUUGCCAAGGUCAAUAGCGUGGUGCCCGGGAGUCCGGCAGACCAAGCCGGGCUAAAAGCGGGCGAUACCAUUCACAGCUUUGGGAGUGUGCAUUGGAUGAACCACGAGCGCCUGUCCAAGGUCGCAGAGGUGGUGCAACAGAACGAAGGGCGCCCGUUGUCCGUCAAGGUGAUUCGAAAGGACGAGAGCGGGUCUGGGACGACGAUGGAGCUGGAUCUCCGGCUCACUCCUCGGCGAGAUUGGGCUGGGGCAAAAAUUCCAAUCGCGCAUUAUUCACUUCUUCUCUCCUUCUUUCGCCUCACCCCUCAACACCCCCAACCCCCCAGAACCGCCUCGCUUCGAUCAUCCAGAAUCGACGACGCGCAUCCUCCUCUUCGCUCUAGACCUCGUUUUCAUCUCGAAUUCAUCGUCUCAUCGCCCACCAUGGCCAAUGCGCCCCCACCUACCUUCAAGCUCGUCUUGGUCGGUGACGGUGGUACUGGCAAGACCACUUUUGUCAAGCGCCACCUGACUGGUGAGUUCGAGAAGAAGUACAUUGCCACUCUCGGUGUGGAGGUGCACCCUCUCGGCUUCACCACCAACCUGGGCCCGAUCCAGUUCGACGUGUGGGAUACCGCCGGUCAGGAGAAGUUCGGUGGCCUCCGCGAUGGAUACUACAUCAACGGCCAGGCCGGUAUCAUCAUGUUCGAUGUCACCUCGCGUAUCACCUACAAGAACGUGCCCAACUGGCACCGUGAUCUCGUCCGUGUCUGCGAGCACAUCCCCAUCGUGCUGUGCGGCAACAAGGUCGAUGUGAAGGAGCGCAAGGUCAAGGCCAAGACCAUCACCUUCCACCGCAAGAAGAACCUCCAGUACUACGACAUCUCCGCCAAGUCCAACUACAACUUCGAGAAGCCCUUCCUGUGGCUCGCUCGGAAGCUGGUUGGCAACCCCCAGCUGGAAUUCGUCGCUGCCAUUGCUCUUGCUCCCCCGGAGGUGCAGGUCGACCACGAGCAGCUCGAGGCGGCCCGCAAGGAGAUGGAGGCGGCAGCAGCGAUGCCCCUGCCCGACGAGGACGAUGCCGACCUGUAA